AUGUCUGGAAGCGCGGGCUUCGACAGACACAUCACCAUCUUCUCAGACCAGGGACGUCUCUACCAAGUCGAGUAUGCGUUCAAGGCUAUCACCGCAGCAAACAUCACAUCCGUCGGCGUAAGAGGCAAAGACUGCGCAGUCGUCAUAUCGCAGAAGAAGGUGCCGGACAAGCUCAUUGACCCAUCCUCAGUCUCAUACGUCCACAGACUCUCUCCUUCCGUAGGCUGCGUUAUGACUGGCUCAAUAGCAGAUGCAAGAGCUUCGGUGAAUCGCGCGAGAGGCGAGGCUGCAGAGUUUCGAUACAAGUCUGGCUACGAGAUGCCCUGCGAUGUUCUUGCCAAGCGUAUAGCCAAUAUCUCGCAAGUCUAUACUCAGCGGGCUUACAUGAGACCCCUGGGUGUCGCAACCACACUCAUCUCCGUGGACUCAGAGUACGGUCCUCAGCUGUACAAGUGCGAUCCAGCAGGCUACUAUGUUGGAUACAAGGCGACUGCAUCUGGACCAAAGGCGCAAGAGGCGUUGAACUUUCUCGAGAAGAAGCUGAAGAAUAAGGAUCACGCAGAAGGCAGCUGGGAUGAGGUCGUUGAGCUCGCCAUCACUACCCUAAGCACAGUGCUCAGCGUUGACUUCAAGAAGGGUGAAUUGGAGAUUGGCACCGUUGGCGCUCCUCGACAGGACGGCAAGGAGGGCACUGACCCUAACUUCCGUCCUCUGACGGAAGAUGAGAUUGAUGAGCGGCUGCAAGCCAUUGCAGAGAAGGACUAA